UGCCUGAGAGAACCAUCAUGUUGAAGAGAGCGAGCAGCUCAAGCAGCGGGAAGAGCAGCACUUCACGGCGGAGCAGCUCUGUAGGCUUCGAUGAGUUCGGCUUUGCUCUCAGUAAGAAAAGAGUCAGGAAACUCCAACACAGAUGUCAUGACUACAGUUAUCCUCAGCCUAAUCCAGUUAAAGUGAAGGAGCUGUGUGAAUUUCUCACUUACUGGAAUGGAUCCAGUUUCAUCUGCAGAAAUCAGAUCGAGAGGUUUAUUCGUAUUGGUAUUCCUCCGGCAAUACGUGGACGAGUUUGGAAAUGCCUCCUAAAUAUCGACAGUCUCAGAGCUGCUAGCUCUUUUGAUUAUGAGGCAUGUCAGGCUGAGAUCCGUAGACCUCUGGUUGAUCUUGGAGUCAGUGAGUACAGCAUCAUCUCUACUAUAGACUCUCUAGUGGACACAGAGAAUGAGAUCAGCAGCGGACAGUCGGAUCUCCCCAGUGCUGACCUCACACUCUUCAAACAGAUCGCCCUCGACCUACGAAGGUCAUUUCCGACCCAUCGCACUCUGAUGGGGGAUCGUCCCGAGGCUAUUGAGGGCCAGGCCAAACUUUUCAGAGUUCUUACCGCAUUUGCCCGAUAUAAUCCCCAGAUUGGAUAUGUACAAGGGAUGUCCUAUAUAGCUGCUGUGCUCCUAAUGAUCCUGUCUGAAGAAGAGGCUUUCUGGGCACUGGUUGCUCUGUUAGAGAAGCCCAAGUAUCUCUCAGAGCUCUUUGAUUCCUCUAUGAAGAAGAUUCAACUUCAAGCUUUGGUUUUUCACCAGCUCCUGAAACACAGGAAACCUCUGCUCUUCCAGCACUUGGAGACUCUUGGGGUGUCUUCUCUGCAUUUCAUCAUGCAGUGGUUUCUUACCCUCUUCACCUCCCUGCCGUGCUGGGACUCGGUUUUGGCCAUCUGGGAUCUUAUCAUGCUGCACGGGCUGCAGGCUGUAUUUCGCACUGGCCUCACCAUCAUCCUGCUACUGGAGUCUCGUAUCAUGAACAUGACUGAGGAGGCCGCCGUGCUGCCCGUUCUGCUGCGAGUGCCUAUGGAUGUCUCCCAACAUCGUGUCCUGAUCCCAGCACUCUGGAACACGGAUGUUCAGGAAUGGGAAAUCAACUGCAUGAACAGCCUGGUAUUGGAAGAGGCCAGUGGUGGACAUGAUGAAGAGAAAGUGAAAAAAGACAGCGCAAAAGGCUGUACGAGUUCUCUCAGCGAUGGACAACGCGAUGUGAAACCUUCACAAAAAGGUGCUAAGAACACUUCUAAAAAAGAGGCUCCGGGCUCCGGCGCUAAGAAUGUUUUCACACGACUGCUGAAAGUGGCUCAGCAUUACCUUUUGGAAUCAGGCAAGUAUAGUACAGCUGCCAAAUCUUCUCCUGCCAAGAAGAGCCCUGCCCUCAGCCGCCUCCCCAAAGCAAGAAUCUCCACCUCCUUCGCUCAGGCACAGGUUCGAACCAAGAGGAGCAGUAGUAGACGUUCCCAGAAUUCCAUUCUGGGUGGGGUCAAGAAGGAGCGACUCCCUUCUCAAGAUUCAGAUGAAGGUGCUACUGAAGACAGCUCCAACUCUUCAGUCCGGCGGGUGAGGUCAGGGCCCGUGGGUAAAGUGGCUCGCAGAAGGAGUCGAGGUCAGUCCAGACGAGGAACUUCCCUCCUGUUGAAGAAUCGCAGCUCUAGAUCUCAACAAACCUCUGAGCAGCCUGAGAACAGCAAGAAUGAGGAUUGUCAAGAAACCCAAAGCAGGAAUGCAUCUACACGGCGUCCGUUGCUGAACGAGAGAAACUUCAUCACGUGCCCAAUGACAGCAAGUCAAGUGCGAGAAUCGCAGCUAAUUUGAGACCACGUGGGACUCGAUAUGGAACAAGGUGUGCUCACUUCAUAACUGCUCAAUGAAACACUGCCAUUUGACAGUUAAAUCAGGCCUUGUCGGACUCCUUAGGUAAUGUCUCUGAAGAUGCUGCUAAUGUGCACUACGAACUUUAAAUCAGUGAAUGUUAAUGUAUGAAUUUAGCAUUCUCACUACCCUGUUUUUUUUUUUUUCUGGACUAUUCCAUCAAUAAAUGUGUGAUGUCCAAAUUUUAAUGUAGCUUUUAUAGCCAUUUAAUAAAAGAUUAAUUCAUAAUAAA